AUGGGGCGGAGGAAGCUCGAAAUAAAGCGGAUCGAAGAUAAGAGUAGCAGGCUAGUGACGUUUUCGAAGCGGAGAACAGGUUUAAUUGAGAAAGCACGACAGCUUUCCGGGCUCUGCGACGUCGAUGUCGCCGUCAUCGUAUUCUCCGCCCGCGGCAAGCUAUAUGAAUUCUGCAAAGGCCGUACUGCUAACAGGUUUCAAUUUUUUGGUGGUAUGGGGAGUUUCAAGUCGUUUGUGGUGCCUGAAAGUAAGUUGUGCUUGCUUCCUACUUGUUUCCAUUUCUGUCAUGAUAAUAACUAA